AUGACAUGCUUCAGAGCCAUCUUCUUGCUUCGCAACAAGGCCGGAGAUACCAUCUUCCACGUCGCAGCCCGCAUGGGCCAUCUUGACAUCAUCAAUGCGGCCUGGCAAAACUUCUGGCAGGUCAUAGACUGGGACAAAGUCCCUGACACGCCCGGCUCUGAAGUCUACGCCCCCAUUGACCACGAUCUACCCGAGUUCGAAACCGAUGUCGACCCUCUGUGGGUGCCUGACUACAUGGUGGCUACUGUUCUUCUUGCCAGGAAGAACGCUGCUGGGCACACGGCCGCCGAUGAGGCUACUAUUGCUGGCUAUACGGAUGUCGCGGAGUGGUUGAACCAAGUGCUGGACCGCGUUACUCUUGGCGGUAAAAGAGCUACAGAAGGAUGGCUAGAAUGGAGGAGCUAG